AUGGAGUACCUUUCGUCGUCGUCGAAUCCCAACAACCAGGACAGCCUGCCUUCGGAAACGCUGCAAAGGGCCCACGAAGAGAUUGUGGACGAGAAUGUACCGGAGCCGCAACACACUAGCCCGGGAGAGCAGAAGGAUGAAGAGGAGGAGAGUGAUAUUUAUGAGCAAGACGCCAGUCAGCACGCGCAGAAGAAGCAGAGGGUGGAGCCCAACGAAUACCAGGCGCAGAUUGACAAGCUGCAGCAGGAGAUCGCUGAGGUGAAGGAGCGGUUGGCCUCUUCACCGACUAAUUCGACCCAUGAAAUCGGGAAGAAUUGUAUUGAAGUGAAGCAAACUGUAGCCACAAUGAUGCGGAAGUUGGCUGAGCAUGCGCACUGGCUGCAACGCGUUAGCAGUUUGAUGGAGACGGCGCCGCUUCUGAACUUUGCUGUAGCUGCGGGCGACGAGCAAGGGGACGCAGACGCAAUGCGGCAACGGAGUCUCAAGUCACUUGACGAGUGGAGGGGUGAGCCCCCUCAUUCUCGCUUGAUACUGGACGAACGCCUGCGAGCUGCCGUGAUCAUCUGCCAAGAAAAUGCUGCAAGACUCCUGCGAGAUGCAACGGGCGAUCAAACUUUCAUCCGGUUGGCGCUGCAGUUCGAGUCGCACGGGUGGGAGAUCGCAACGGGGACACUGGUGAACGACCACAUGGGCUUUAAAUGCCACCGGGUGCUGCCUGCUGAGCUGGACAGUAAGGCCAAGGAGGUGGCUAUGGCGGUGUGGAACUUUGUUGAAAGUGAUGAAAUCUUCCGCACCUUUGUGCCGCUCGUCCAAGACUCGAUCGUCACCCACCAGGAGGCCGACUGCUCUCUGACGUGUCGAGUGCUCCAGCUUUCGCAAGAAAUGAAUCAACAGGCAGUAGCGACCGUGGAGGCUAUCAGCUCGACUCGCGACGAUAAUGGGGAGGAAAAUUCGUGGGAAGUUUCCAUGGAGGCUGUGCACGACCACUACCUGUGCACCUUUGUGGCGGACGCGACUGGCGACUCGGUCAUCCCGAACACCGCUCCGCCCGUGAAGCUGGACCUCGGACUGCAGAUGAGCAAGCUCAACAUGCACAACAAGUUCGUGAUGGCCGCGCGCGUGAGCAAGACGGACGAAGGGGUCGACGUCUUCCUCGCCGGCUCCACGCGUUUCGACCUCCCGUGCUACUGCGACCCCGCGUUCGACUUGCUGCAGCAUUUCGUGUCGUACCUGCCAGUCUACGAAAACCUGCACCUGACACCGCUGACUGAGGACAAACCCCCGUCGGAUGUACUCCUUUGA